AUGGCCAAAAAAGGUUUAAUACUUGACCUGAUUUAUAUUUGUGUCACAGUUCUUGUUCUUUGUAUUAUAACAGGGAAGCCACUUUAUUUGCCACUUUUAUCUACAGUAUCAAUUGCAGUGUUUCAUUUUUUCAAAUUAAAACAUGAAUCAAUUUUUUCCUAUUCUCUAUUAGUGAUUACUUAUUCUUAUUGACUCAGCGUUUCUGAACCGGGGUGGCAAGAGAGAAUAGGGUGAAUUCUAAUGGUUUCAGAGGGUUGAAUAAUUGGACUUAAAUACCCUUUGAAUAACCGUAUAAUGGGAAUUUGUGGUAAAAUUUUCCUAAAGCUUUUCUUAGGCUAUUACUAUCACUUUGAUAUGGUAAGCACGUCUUUGGCUGCAUAUAUCCCAUUAUUCGCUCAUAGAUUUUACAGUUAUAAAGACCCAGAAGAUUAUGAUGCUUCUAAAAUGGUUUUCCAUGAGACGACAAAAGGUUUAAUUUUAACUAACACUCAUCAAGUUAUAGCUUCAAAUAAAGCCGCACAAAACAUUUUCCCUUCAUUUUCCGAUUUAUUUGAAUUAAACCCAACAAUAUCUUCAUCCCCUCCAUUUCUAAAACUUCUAAUGACAAAAUCUUCUGGGCUAUACAAAAAAGCUUCAAAUUUAUAUGAAAUUUCCUGCUCCCCUGUUACUAUUAAAGAAAAAUCCCUAAUUUUAAUCACAAUUUCUGACAUAACAAGUAUAUCAAAAGAGUACGCAAAAAUUUAUUCAGCUGAAAAAUAUUAUAAAAAAUUUUCACAUGAAUUAAGAGUCCCACUAGAUGGUAAUCUUUAUAUAGAACUUUGCAAUGCGAUUGAGCCAGGUGAACAAAUUAAUAAGGAAUUUUCUAAAAGUUUGCAAUUAGUCACUAAUGCAGUAAACUCUUUUGAAGAUGUUGUCAAUUUGAAAUUGGGUAGAGAAAUCAAGAGAAAUAUAGUGAAGGUAAGCAUUGAAGAUGAAGCAGAAAAAAUAUGCCAUGCUUUAGAAAAUAUAGCUAAAAAGAAAGCUGUAACUUUGACGUGAAAAGUAGAGAAUAGCUUGAAGAAAAUUUGCGAAAUUGAUUUGAUGAGGGUUAAGGAAUGCAUAAUUGCAGCAGCUAAAUAUGCAAUUAAUUUUGCGGUAUAUCGAGAUCAAAUUGUUAUGAAUUUUAGGCAGAAUAAUGAAAAAGAAGUUUUGUUUACGGUUCAAGGGAAAUUUUCAGAGCAGAAAUCGUAUGAUUUGAAGUUAUUAAGGUUGAUUACACCAUUAAUAGGCUCAGCACCAGUUAAAUUGACAGAGACUACACUAAGCUUUUCAUUUUAUUAUACAGAUGAUGUAGAGAGAUAUUUUACAAGCAAAUCUGAUGAAAAUAUUAGCCUCAGAGGCUUAUCUUUUUCAAAUAUAAGCAGUAGUGCAAGUAAACAUUAA